AUGGAACCAGACAGCACCUCAGACUCGGAAACAGGAAAUCCUACUCCCACUGGAUGGUGGAGAAGGCAAACAUACGACUACUGCAGCUAUUAUCUGGAUAGUGAUGGGAUGAUCCAAAAGAUAUAUCACAGCCCAGACGCAGAGGAAUCGAGGACAAGAGGACGAGCGAAGACUCCCCCUCCUCAAAAGGGAGCUCUCAAGAAGACCGAAACCCCCAGCUUUGCCAAGGACGCUGAUAGGGGAUCUACCCCCGUCAGCUUUAAGCCUCAGGCGCGGCCUCCAAAGUACUUUUUGCAAGGGAAUCUUCGUACGAGCAAUGUUACGAACGACACGUAUGGACCGACGAAAUUGGAGACGAAUCGGUUCAGAUCGCAUGAUAGCGAGGGAGAAACUGCCUGGCACUCUAGUCAAUCACCGAAUGACCUCGACGCUCCUCCCCCUGAGACCGCAACUCCCAGACUGUUAGGGACGAUAUAUGUCCACAGGAAUACCAGAGAUGGGGGCUAUCAAAUAUGGGUUUGGUGCAGUCACGAAGGUACAGAGCGGGGGUUCUGGUGGCGGCCUGUAGAUCUGGAGAACGAGCAGUUCACACACCCCAAGAUUACAACAAGGUCACUAAAGCUGACUUCAGGGGGGAAGCCUAGUUGGGUUCUGAAUAUGAAGCGGGCAUCCAACUUUCCACUGGCAAUGCACUCUUGGAGGGACGACGACAAGGACUUCCAACUACAGAACACAAGCUCAAGCAGUACUCCAAGGCCUACCACGACUGAUAUCGAGGAUCUGAUAAUUGGAUUAACGACGAGUGCAUCCAUCUCGUCAACCACUGAUACUCAAAUCCUCAGAAAGAUGGACCCAGCCAGCACUCCGAAACCCACCACAUGUGCCAUUGAUAGUCAGAUACCCGAGUCUGCGGAGAAUGCUUCCAUGUUGUUGAGCCCUGAAGCUCCAUGUGGGCAGAUGAAUUUAGCAAGCUCUCUCCCAGGACACACAAUGGACAACCUCGAUACUCGAGGGAAGAAUAUCUCAGCCAGUCCUUCGGAGGGACCAGGUCGUCCGGCAGAUGAACCGGGUCGUCUUCCUGAGGGACCAGGACAUCCUUCGGAGGGAUCAGGACGUCCUUCGGAGGGAUCAGGACGUCCUUCGGAAAGCCCAGAACGCCCAAAAUGGUUCCAAAACGUUGUUAUGGUUGAUGACCUUCAACUCUCCCGGAUUUUGUUCAAGGCGGGUGCUCUGAUUUACCUGCUCUUCCUCAUCAGAGUGCUUCAGAAGAUCUAUGCAACAUUUUGGAGCCAACCCCUUGCUGUUGCUGUUGGAAAUCUGACUUUGAGUAUUGCGUUGUUCGUUCUGAUCCAAUACCAUCCCCCGAUGCCAGUCCAACUCAAAGUCACUAAAAAGAUGGUCCUCAUUAUCGGAGAGUUAGUAGCUUAUUAG